AUGCAGCGAGUACAUGUAGAUUGUGGAGAGACGUAUGCACCGACUGUAGCGGUUUCUAGCGUUCGCUUGUUGGCAGCGAUGGCGUGUGAGCAAAAUCUUUCUCUCCGUCAUUUUGACAUCAAGCAGGCAUUUGUCCAGUCGGAUUUGGAUGAGGAUGUUUUUAUGCGUCUGCCAGAGGGGUGUGGUAGAUUAUCAGGUAUGAUCGUGAAGUUGAACAAGAGUCUAUAUGGCCUUAAGCAGGCAUCAAGGCAGUGGCACUCACACUUGGCGAGGUGUUUGAUUUGUUUGGGUUUUAUUCAGUGUAUGGCGGAUACGUGUGUGUUUCGGUUGAUUGAGGAGGGAAGAGUGGUAGUGACUCUGGUGGUACAUGUAGAUGAUAUAUUUUCGAUAGGAGAAGAGGAGAGGUGUGACCAGUUUGGCAGGGACCUCAACACCAUGGUACCUGUGAAGAAUCUUGGGGAUUUGAGAUGGUACUCUGGAUGUUUUUAUGAGAGAGAUUGGGAUGCAGGAACUUUGAAGAUCUCGCAGCAGACGUACGCUGAAGAGUUGGGGAUGGAGUUUGGGGUAGAGUACGGGAAGGAAAUUCCUCUUCCUGUAGGGUUGAAGCUUUCAGAGUUUGACCAGGAUGAGGAAGUGGUAUCAUGGCCUUUUCGUGAGCUGAUAGGAUCAUUGAUGUGGCUGGCAACGCAAACGAGGCCAGAUAUCGCGAAUGCAGUAAGAGCGGUGGCACGGUACUGUGCCUCUCCAAAAGAGAUUCAUUGGAGAGCAGGGCUUGGUAUUUUGGGGUAUGUGGUAAGGACUAGUGACUUGGGUAUUACAUUCAGGAGGGGUAGUGUAGCAGGAUUAAGCAUGGAGGUGUUCGUAGACGCAGACUAUGCAAGUAAGGCUGCCGAUAGGAGGUCUGUGUCAGGGGGAUUGGUGAUGUGUGGGGGGGGAUGUAUUUCUUGGUUUUCAAGGACCCAGAAGUGCGUUACGUUGAGCACGACAGAGGCGGAGUAUGUCUCUCUUGCGGAUGUGAUGAAGGAAGUGUUGUUUCUGAGGCAGGUGUGGCGUUUCAUGUUACCAGAAGCAGGCAUGCCAUGUAUUCCGGUGUUCGAGGAUAACCAAGGGGCUAUUCAGUUGGCGCAAAACCCGAUAAGCAACAGUAACUCGAAGCACAUCGACGUAAGGCACCACUUUAUCAGGGAACUGGUAGGCAGGAAGGAGAUUUCGAUUUUUCACGUGGAAUCGGCGUAUCAACAUGCUGACUUUCUCACGAAAGCACUUCACGCGGGAGAUUUUGAGUUUCAUCGUAACUACGUGAUGAGUAUGGAUUAAUAUCUUGGUGUUCGGGUUUAUUUUGUGUGUGAUCAAACAACUGGGGUGGCAACAUUUUACAUUUUUGCCUAUGGUUUUUCUCAAUGGAUGAUGUUCUAGGCUGGGGGGCAACAAGUUCACUGAAGUUCGAAGAAGUAUAACUGGUAUGAUCGGGGAUGGUUAUUGAUGUCUAGCCAAUGAGGCUAUUGUUCUAGAGUUGAGUGGAGUUUCUGAUUUUAUUUUCUUGUGUUUUGGAGUUAUUGAGGAUCGAAAAAGACAUGGCAUGGUCACAAGCAGGGGGGCUGAUAGAUAUACUUGUAGCAAUGCCAAGUGGUUGUAGGAUUAUGUGGUACGUGGAAUGUAUUUCCAGGAUGUGCAAGGUACCCCUGUUGUAUACUGCGUCGCCCCAUCAUGGUGGUGCGUGCACGUGUGAGUUCAUGUGAGUUCAUGUGAGUGAGUUCAUGUGAGUUCAUGUGAAGAAGAAGUUUAUGCAACAAACCCUACACGUCUUUCCUCCUUGGCGCGAGCUCGCCGAGUUGCCGACACCCUAUUCAACACACGUCUUGCGACAAGCUACCCCCAGUUCGGAUCAUCCUAACAC